CCUAGGAACAAAGUUAAUUGUGCCUCUGUUUGCUGAAACCCACCUCUUAACUGAAGUGAUGGUUACUUCCUGCCCUCUCUUCCUUCCUAAAAGGUUCUCUUAAAUGUUUUCUUGGAGCUUUAAAAAUGGAGCUGACAGAAGUGACUGGUGUGUCGCUGAAACGUGGGUCUCAUGCUGUCGAAGAUAAUGACAGUGUGGCCCCAGCUGAGGAGGCAAAAAGACAGAAGGUCUUGGACGGCUGUCUGACCACAGGUCAGGAUGGGCUGGAGCAUGUCUCUCCGCCCGGCAGUGUGCAUGUGCCUGGGCCACCCGCAGCUGUAAGUGCCAGAGAGGGUAGAAAGAAUUCUGAUGUGCAGUUGGAAGAAGAGGAAGAGGAGGAAGAAGAUGGCCUUUCAGAGGAGGGUGAGGAGGAGGAGGAAGCUGAGAGUUUUGCAGACAUGAUGAAGCACGGCCUCACUGAACUUGACGUUGGCAUCACCAAGUUUGUAAGUUCUCAUCAGGGAUUCUCAGGCAUCUUGAAAGAAAGGUAUGUUUCAUUCACAUGUCAAGUUAUUUUCAUUCUAUUUGUUCUUGAGAAAGAAAUCAGCAAUAGGUUCUUCUAUUUAGCUUUCUAUCCCCACAGAUUGUUUACUGAUGGUCACAAAGGAAUAGGAUGGAGGAGAGCCGUUAUUGAGGACACCAAAGAGAAAAGAACUGUUAUCCAUCAAGCGAUUAAAUCUCUGUUUCCAGGAUUAGAGACAAAAACAGAGGACAGAGAGGGGAAGAAAUAUAUUGUAGCCUACCAUGCAGCUGGGAAAAAGGCUCUGGCAAGUAAGUGUGCGAGUGACCUGGCAUUUCUUCUAAUAACCGCUCAAAGACUUGCCCACUUGAACAAGUGCUUGAUGAACUUUAAACUGGGGAAUUUCAGCUAUCAGAAAAACCCUCUGAAACUGGGAGAGCUUCAAGGGAAUCACUUCACUGUUGUCCUCAGAAAUAUAACAGGAACUGAUGACCAAGUUCAGCAAGCUAUGAACUCUCUCAAGGAGAUCGGAUUUAUUAACUACUAUGGAAUGCAAAGAUUUGGAACUACAGCUGUCCCCACAUACCAGGUUGGAAGAAGGACCAUUAUUAAAAAAAGAAAAACAAGUGUUGGUGAAGAUAUGGAGACAUGGGAACCCUUUUGCAUUGCUCAUCUUCAGAAACUAUACCACGUGUUGGCAGACUUUUCCUGUGAAGGGCCAGACAGUGAACAGAAGCUGUUCAGAGUACCUGUAUUACAAAGAGCAUUUUCUAAUUUUGUGUUCUCUAGGAAGCCCAUUAAGUUAUGGAAAUCUGUCUAUUCGAUAAAUUGUUUCAAUCACAGCUUUUUUUUUCCCCCAGCCGAAAAGGGCUACUUGGUUAAGUGCAGGGAAGAGUGGGCGAAGACCAAAGACCCAGCUGCUGCCCUCAGAAAACUUCCUGUCAAAAGGUGUGUGGAAGGGCAGCUGCUUCGAGGACUUUCAAAAUAUGGAAUGAAGAAUAUAGUCUCUGCAUUUGGCAUAAUACCAAGAAAUAAUCGCUUAAUGUAUAUUCAUAGCUACCAAAGCUAUGUAUGGAAUAACAUGGUAAGCAAGAGAAUAGAAGAGUACGGACUGAAGCCCGUUCCAGGUGACCUUGUUCUCAAAGGAGCUACAGCCACCUACAUUGAUGAAGAAGAUGUUAAUAAUUACUCCAUCCAUGAUGUGGUAAUGCCCUUGCCGGGUUUCGAUGUUAUCUACCCAAAGCAUAAAAUCAGUGAAGCCUACAGGGAAAUGCUCACAGCAGACAAUCUGGAUAUUGACAACAUGAGACACAAAAUUCGAGAUUAUUCCUUAUCAGGAGCCUACCGAAAGAUCAUUAUUCGUCCUCAGAAUGUCAGUUGGGAAGUCGUUGCAUACGAUGAUCCUAAAAUUCCACUCUUCAACACAGAUGUGGACAACCUGGAAGGGAAACCGCCACCGGUGUUUGCUUCUGAAGGCAAAUACAGAGCUCUGAAGAUGGAUUUUUCUCUCCCUCCUUCUACUUACGCUACCAUGGCCAUUCGCGAAGUGCUAAAAGUGGAUACCAGCAUCAAGAACCAGACCCAGCUGAAUACCACCUGGCUCCGCUGAGCCCUUUUCCCCAGAUGAUAAGAUGCACCCAGUGUCCGCCCGCUUCCUGUUCAGACCCAUAGGUGUACUUUAGAUCCUUGUAGUUCAAGAUUAUUUGUAUUUUUUCAGGUUUUUAUUAGCUUAAUUUGCAAUAUUUGUACACAUAUACAAAUCCUGAGGAUCCUAAUUCUAGCUCAGAGGAUAUAAAUUGAUCAGAAUAUAUUUCAGGUGCUUAAGUCAUAGUAAAAUGUCAGCUUUCCUGGCUUUAUCAUAAUUUAAAAGGACUUUGGUUUAAAGUUGCAGUUUUAGGUUUUGCUACAUUCUUAAAGGACAACAUGAAUUUUUAAUGUAUCCAUGAAUGGAGUAUGCAACGAUGCAUUUUAAGAGAAAAUGCAACAAAAUAAAUCUUGACUAUGAAUAAAUAGAAUACCCCACCCCUAGCUAUUAAUACAAGUACAGGACUCAUGCUUAUUUAAAUCAUGAUAAAACAUCUAAGGUUUAUGAACACAAAAGUGAUGUGUCAUCAUCUAACUCUUAUACCAGGUUUAGGUAAGUGUUGAUAGAUCUUUUAGUUGCAGUAGCUUUGCAUUUAUGUUCUCAUUGCCUUGCAGGACAGUUGCAUUGAUAGGACCUUUUUUUCUCGAUGUAAACGCGUGCAGCUAUUUUUAUUAGUCAAGGUCUGAUUUUUACUCUAGGUGCCUUUUAUGUUCAGAACUCCUUCCACUGGACUGGUUAUUUGCCCCAAGAUGAAUGACAGCAGAGAAGAAAACUUUAAACCUUUCCAAGGGCUCCUCCAAUCAGCAGCGUCAGCCUUCGUCACCUUCAGUGUAGGUGUUUCCGUUUCGGGCCCUUGUGUAAAACUUGUCUCUGGUGUGGAAGGUUAAAUAGGCCUUUCCAAGUGUGUGUGUGACAUAAGUGUGCCGAUUUUUAUUUUCUACCAUUUCUAAAACAAAAUAUAAUAAAUAUUUUUUAAAACUCCUUUCUACUAGUUAUGUUAAUCAAAUAAAUUAUCUAAAACCGAGCGCAAAUGAGAACCUUGGCCCAGACUGAGGGCAAGGAACGAAGUGAAUGAGGGAUCCUCAGAGAUGGUGUCGGCACAAAGAUAUGUCCUGCUCGGGUGUGAGAUGUCAUGAGAAUCAUACAGUUGAGCGCCAGGCUCUACGGCUGUUGGACCAUGUUGGACCACGUUGGACUGGAUUCAGGCUUAUUCUUCCAGUAGCACCCCUCCCUUGCUUCCCAGCGUGCUUUCUGGAGAGAAGAAUGGAGAAAAGCUUCCCUACCAGGAACGUUCCCACCAUGGCGGUGUGGGUGACAAAUGUCCCAGGUCUGGCAGUGGAAGACUGAGAACUGCUUUUCAUCCCUUGUAUUUUAAUGGCGUCCAUCCCACUGCAGAGGUGAAAAAGAUUAGAAAUCUCGUGGGAAAGAACCCUUUCAGCUGGCUAGUUUCUAAAGAAUCUUCUGGCCUACCAAAGCCAAAUUUGUUAAAUGUAUAUUGGACUGUUUGCACUUUCUACUGCUAGCGAGUUACUUUCCUUCAUCAGACUGAUGAGUGAAAAAGUGCUCAUGAAGGGGACUAACUGCCUAAUGCAAGUGCAUUCAGUAGCUCUGCAUUUAUAAAUUUACAUUAUUGGAAAAAAAAAAAGUGAGGUUAAACUUAGAAAUGUUGUCUUCAUCUGGGAAAUACUUACGGCCCUAUGGGAUGAGUCCAUUUUCUCACUGCAUUAGCCAACUGCCAGUUUGUGCAUGUUUCUUCUUAAACACCGCUGGGGAAAUAAUGAUUCAAGGCAGAGUCUUAGCGCCAUUUUGAGACUUGGGGACCUCCCAUCUAACACCAGGGACUUGACAGCUUGGAAUAUAUCAUUGCCUUAGCAUCAACGUCAGGACAUUUUGUUGAUCUUAACAAAGGGAAGACAUUUCUCUGAGGCAAAUUUAUAAGCCUAAAGGCUUAUAACAUUUCCCAGGGCGCCUGGGUGGCUCAGUCGUUAAGCGUCUGCCUUCGGUUCAGGUCAUGAUCCCAGGGUUCCGGGAU